AUGACCACUUCAGUUGUUCUGAAAUCAAGAGGACUCGGAAGGAGGAUCAUUCAGGGUGAUUAUGCAACUAGAAGUGAAAAGUUAAGAGCCAUAACAAUUAUGCGCCAUCAUCUAACUGAGGAUCUAAGAAAUCAGUACCUAAAUAUUGAGAAUCCUCGUGACCUUUGGACAAAAUUAAAAUCCAGAUACACAAUGGUGUUAUUACCAAAGGUCAGACAUGAAUGGAUGAGUCUCAGAUUCCAGGACUUUGAGUCUGUGGAUGAAUAUCAUUUUGCUUUGUCCAAAAUCGUUUACAAACUGACACUAUGUGGUGAAGUGGUAACAGAGGAGGAUUUACUGGAAAAGACUUUCCUCACAGCCGAUCCAAGAGAUCUAUUGUUACAACAUAUCUAUAGAGAAAAAGGUUUCACCACCUAUAAUGAUAUGCUCUCAUGCCUAUUACUAACUGAGCAGAGUAAUCAGUUGCUAAAAAGAAAUAGUGAGAUGAGAUAUCCUGAAGCAAAUAAGACUGAUAUGGAUCAGGAUGAAUCCAAGGCAGCCGUGUCCAACGUAACUGAUGGUGUGGCCGGCAUGUCUAUUGACUAA